AUGGUUUUACCACUUCAAACAACAACUCGUUCAUCAGCUUUAAGCAAUAAUCCUUUAAAUAAAUAUGAUUUAUUAACAUGUUGUAUGAAAGAAUGUUUUCAUACAAUAUCAAAUAUAACUUUAAAUGAUAUAAAAACAUUAGAAGAUGUUUAUCAAUAUUUUUCAACACCUGUUAAAGAUACAAAUGUACUUGAAGAUUUACAAUAA